AUGGAGUUUGGCUCGUCCGGAUUCCUCAAACAGGCUGUGUCUAUUCGAUGGGCAUACAAGGGGGUCUGUCAGUCGGGCGGCUCUGCGGGAGGUGGCGAAGAGGAGUCUUUGCGGAGGCCGAUCGGGGGUUCUACGGGCUCGCCGUCACUUGCCCAAUUGCCAGAAGGCACUAUCCCCUUGGGACGUAUGAAUCCAGCCAGUCAGUUGAGCGAUUGCCCAACCUGUCGGGCCGGCAGCCGAGAGGUGAGACAUCCUGGACCGAGGGGUGUGCAAGAAAAGGCGCAUGCACGCAAGCUGGUAGACACGGCAACAGAGAAUGGCCAGUAG